GCCUCACCGGCGCCGUGACGUUGUUCCGGCGGUGCCGCCCUGAGGCGCGGCGGCGGCGGCGGCGAUGCGGGGCUCGGGCGGCCUCGGGCCCGCUGCCUGCCCCUGGGGCUGCACGCUCGGCCCCGCCGGCUGGAGCGGCGCGCCCUUCUGCCCGCGGCACCGUAUGAACAGCCUCGCCGAGCUGCCGGCGCCGCCGCAAGGUGCCUCGCAGAGCGGGGUUGAGUGCGAGGGGAGCGAGGCGUGUCUGCUCUGGGACGGCGGCCCCACGGUGGAUUACUACCCGCUGGCCGAUGACGAUGAGGACGGCGACGACGAUUACGAGUACGGCGAGGACGAGCUGGAGGCAGGUCUGCCGUUCUUGGACGUCGCCGUGGCCGAGGGCGCCGUUCCCUACAGCUACUGCGGCUUCCGCAAGUCCUUCCUGUGCUCGGAGCCGCCCCCGCCGCUGCCCCGCAGCGCUGCCACGGCCCUGGACGCGCGGCUGCACCGGCUGCCCACGCCCCGCCGGCCCUGGCUCACGGCAGAGGAAGCUGAGAGGAACGCCCAGGAGCUGGUGGCAGAGGAGGAGCGGGCCAAGAGGAAGGCGGAGAAGAAGAAGCUGAAGAAGAAGAAACAAAAAGACCGAAAGAAACGGGAGAAACUGGUUCAAGAGCAGAAGAACAAAGAGAACGCUGACCCCAGCCCCCCAAGUGGCCCUGCAGGCAGCGGGCCCCCCUCAGAUGGUGCUGAGGAUGAGGAAUGCUGCCCAGAGCCCUCCCCGUGCCCUGGGGACUCCACAGUGCCCUCAGGAGAGCCUGGCCCGGAGGACGCAGCAGUGCCAGAGGAGGAGCUGGACCUGAGCUGCACUUUUGUCUGCAAAGCACGGGAGAAGGCGGGGGUCCGGCUGCCCCCCCCGGGCACACAGAACGUGCAGCCAAGCAGGAAAGUGCCCGAGAAGGGAAGUGGGGACCCCGUGGAGGGACCUGUGUCCCCCCAGCCCCUCCAGGCCAGGCCGCCCAGCCCCGGCACCAUCGAGCAGAGCCUGGCGCUUGCAGGCCAUGGCAUCGAGGCAGCCCAGAUGGGGCAGCACACCGAGGCCGUGUGGGCCUUCACCGUCGCCCUGGAGCUGAACCCCCGCGAGCACCGGCUCCUGGGGAACCGCUCCUACUGCCUGGAGAAGCUGGGCCGCUACGAGGAGGCGCUGGCGGACGCGGAGGCGGCGCUGGCGCUGCAGCCCGGCUGGCCCAAGGGCUCCUUCCGCAAGGGCAAGGCCCUGAGGGGGCUCCAGCGCUUCGCCGAGGCCGCGCGCACCUUCGAGGAGCUGCUGCUGCAGGACGCGGCCUGCGCCGAGGCAGCCACGCAGCUGGAGGCCUGCCGGGCCCAGCUGCAGCAGUGCAGCCGCCCCGGCGGUGUCCCCGUGUCCCCCUUCCUGCUCAAGGCUAAGGAGCCGCUGUUUCUCCCUGCAGGAUGGACAAGCAGGAGCUGCCAGGACACAGGUGACAAAAGCGUGACGGGCGGCAGUGCCAGGAGCCCCACAAAAAACCCAGAACGGGCACCCGCAGUGGCCAGUGGGUGCCCAACGCUGCCACCGAGCCACCCCGCCAGGGACUGCUUCCCGCUCUGGGUGGGCAACGUCACCUCCCACAUCACUGAGAAGGUGCUGCGUCGUGCCUUCGGCCGGUUCGGGGAGAUCCGCUCCGUGCGGCUGCUCCCGGGGCGCCACUGUGCCUUCAUCAACUUCCGCGGGAGAGCCGAGGCCGAGGAGGCCUUCAGGGCCAUGCAGGGUGCCACGCUGGAGGGCAGCGAGCUGCUGCUGCAGCUCAAGCACCCGGUGCACGCCACGCCGUCCCCCGUGCCCCGUGCCAAGGGCAAGGCCGCCCCCGGGGGGCUGCUCAGCUGACCCUGCCCUGCUGGGGGGUCCCUGGCAGCCCCCCUCACCUGCCUGUGCCUUGUCCCCCACUGCCAGGGGUGGGUGUCUGCCCUUCCCGCCUUGGGGGUGCCCACCCUGCAGCCCCCCGUGCUGAGCGGGUGGGCCUGGGCUGUUCCCCGGGGCCCCUCAGGGAUUUGUAGCAAUUUGGUUUUUUUUUUUUUUUUUAAAUAAAUCUGAGAUUUGUUUUUC